AUGCUGGAUGGGCUACUGCUGGCGCGCUGGCUGGCCGCGGCCUUCGGGCUGACGCUGCUGCUCGCCGCGCUGCGCCCUUCGGCCGCCUACUUCGGGCUGACAGGCAGCGAGCCCCUGACCAUCCUACCGCUGACCCUGGAGUCGGAGGCGGCCGCCCAGGCGCACUACAAGGCCUGUGACCGGCUGAAGCUGGAGCGCAAGCAGCGGCGCAUGUGUCGCCGGGACCCGGGCGUGGCUGAGACGCUGGUGGAGGCGGUCAGUAUGAGUGCGCUGGAGUGCCAGUACCAGUUCCGCUUUGAGCGCUGGAACUGCACCUUGGAGGGCCGCUACCGGGCCAGCCUGCUCAAGCGGGGUUUCAAAGAGACUGCCUUCCUCUACGCCAUCUCCUCAGCUGGACUAACACACGCGCUGGCCAAGGCAUGUAGCGCGGGACGCAUGGAGCGCUGCACGUGUGAUGAGGCACCUGACCUGGAGAACCGCGAGGCCUGGCAGUGGGGCGGCUGUGGGGACAACCUCAAGUACAGCAGCAAGUUUGUCAAGGAGUUCCUAGGCAGGCGGUCGAGCAAGGAUCUGCGGGCCCGUGUGGACUUCCACAACAACCUCGUGGGUGUGAAGGUGAUCAAGGCUGGGGUGGAGACUACCUGCAAGUGCCACGGUGUGUCGGGCUCAUGCACGGUGCGGACAUGCUGGCGGCAGCUGGCGCCCUUCCAUGAGGUGGGAAAGCACCUGAAGCACAAGUAUGAGACCGCACUCAAGGUGGGCAGUACCACCAACGAAGCCACUGGUGAGGCGGGCGCCAUCUCCCCACCACGGGGCCGGGCCUCGGGGACAGGUGGCGGUGACCCACUGCCCCGCACGCCAGAGCUUGUGCACCUGGAUGACUCACCCAGCUUCUGCCUGGCUGGCCGCUUCUCCCCGGGCACUGCCGGCCGCAGGUGCCACCGUGAGAAGAACUGCGAGAGCAUCUGCUGUGGUCGUGGCCACAACACACAGAGCCGGGUGGUGACGAGGCCCUGCCAGUGCCAGGUGCGCUGGUGCUGCUAUGUGGAGUGCAGGCAGUGCACACAGCGUGAGGAGGUCUACACCUGCAAGGGCUGA